CGACUCCUAAAACAAAUGUAAUUUAUCGUUUUCUAAUACUGUGGAGGUAUAAAAAUUGAAAUCUUCUUUCCAAGCAAAUGAGGACUAAAGAUAUACCUUGAAUUCCCAGAUACCUACUAUUAAAAGCAACUUGGUACACUUUAAAGGUUUAUGCAAAAUGCAUAGUUGAUAUGAGAUUCUUCUGAAAUUUUAGGUAUCGAUGACCUGGUCUGUAUGAAAGAAGAACGCUGCGGUCGUCUUUGAACAACUAACCGAGCUAAAUUCCAGACUUUAUAUUCACAAAGUACAUGUGUAUUUGGAUUUAAAAACGCGUUACGGGUCAACUUGAAAUCGGAGCUUUAAACUUUCACUAACAUGAUCCCAACACCUGGGCAAAAUCCUUGGGGCACUCCAGGUUCAGGAGGAAAUGCAUUUCUACAAAGCAACAAACCCCUCAUAGCUGAUUUAGCGCUUGCUGCUCUUAAAGAACGUGGUGAGGUGAAGAAGAAAAAGCUUUGUCCUCAAUUUCGAACAGAUCGUUCAUUAUGUUUGAUGACAAAGAAGAAUCCUCUUAGAAGAGUUUGUAUAUGUAUAGUGGAUGCACGACCAUUUGAAUAUUUUAUAUUGGCAACGAUAUUAUGUAACUGUUUGGCACUGGCAUUCAAUCAUCCUUAUCCUGGAGAAGAUUCGAAUGCCGUAAAUCAGGUUUUGGAAAAAAUUGAACUUGCAUUUGUCAUAAUUUUUACAACUGAAUCCGCUUUAAAAAUUAUUGCCUAUGGAUUUGUCCUUCAUCAAGAUGCUUAUUUAAGGAAUUUUUGGAAUGUUCUAGAUUUCAGUAUAGUCUUAAUUGGUUUAUCAUCAAAAGCAUUGGAAAAUAUGAAUAUCGAUGUAAAAGCCCUUCGAGCAUUUCGAGUGUUACGACCGUUGAGACUACUUUCUGGUUUACCUAGCCUUCAGGUUGUGCUCAACUCUAUCAUUACCGCCAUGGUUCCAUUGUUGCAUAUUGCACUGCUUGUAAUUUUUGUCAUUAUUGUUUAUGCAAUUGUUGGCCUUGAAUUAUUUCAGAGCAAAUUACACCUAACCUGUUAUAAAAAUUCAACACAUAAAAUUCCUGAGAUGAUGCCGAAUCCUCGACCAUGUACAUUUGAAACAUCAUCAAUGGGAUUUAAAUGCAGUGAACUUGGGCCAGAUUAUUUUUGUGCAGAUAUGUAUGGCAAAGAAGGAGAACGAUACACUGGUCCUGAAGGUGGUAUCGUUAGCUUUGAUAAUUUUCUAUAUUCUAUGCUUACUGUUUUCGUGUGUAUUACAAUGGAAGGUUGGACUAGUACUGGGUAUUAUGUGUCUGAUGCUAUUGGUUCCUGGUGGCCUUGGAUUUAUUUUGUAACCCUUAUUCUACUUGGUUCAUUUUUCGUUAUGAAUCUUGUUCUUGGUGUACUAAGCGGUGAAUUCAGUAAGGAAAAAGAAAAAAUAGAUCGUACCUUAUUGUUUCGUAAAGAAAGACAAGAAAAACGUGAACAACAAGAUUAUAUGGGUUAUAAAGAAUGGAUUGAAUUAGCUGAGGAACUAAGUGAUUCUGAAGGUGAUGAUAAAGAAAGUCAAGAUAUAGAAUCAGUUGAUGGUGGUGAUGGGCUAAUUGAAGAGGAACCCGAGAUGCAUGUUGAGGAGGUAGUUAAAACACACUGUCAUAGCACACUUCGCCGUUUAAGAAAAUUCCGUAAACGAACACGACGAGCUGUGAUUGCUUUUAUCAACAGCCGCCAAUGUUUUGCAUUAGUUAUUAUCUUGGUUUUUCUUAACACAGUAGUCUUAACCACUGAACAUCACAAUCAACCAGAAUGGUUAGACGAAUUCCAAGAUUUUGCUAAUGUUGUAUUUGUGAUGCUAUUCACAAUGGAAAUGUUAAUUAAAAUGGGGGCAUCUGGUUUCUCAGAUUAUAUUUCAAAACUGUUCAAUCGCUUCGACUUUUUUGUAGUUAUAUUUUCUAUAUUGGAAUUGAUUUUUGUGAAAUCUGGUUUACUCAAUCCGAUGGGUGUUUCUGUGUUACGCUGUGCAAGACUUCUCAGGAUAUUUAAAUUGACUCAGUACUGGGAAAGUUUGCGAAGUUUAGUAGGGAAAUUAUUGAAAUCUGUUCGAUCAGUUGCUAGUCUACUACUUCUAUUAUCUAUAUUCAUUCUUAUUUGCUCUUUACUUGGUAUGCAAUUAUUCGGUGGUCGAUUCAAUUUUAUAGCACAUGAAAAACCUCGUGCUAAUUUUGAUGGAAUUUUGCAAGCUAUGCUUACCGUAUUUCAGAUACUAACUGGUGAAGAUUGGAAUGAAGUUAUGUAUCAUGGAAUGAGAGCAUAUGAAAAUAGUCCUUGGUAUGGAGUUGUAGUUAUCUACUUCAUAUUUCUUUUCAUAUGUGGCAAUUAUAUUUUAUUGAACGUGUUCUUGGCUAUUGCUGUCGAUAAUUUAAACGAAGAUGAAGAUGAAGAGGAAGAAGGAAAUGGUGAUGCACUAAAAAAACAAAAUGACACACCAGAACUUACAGAGACUGUUGAACAAACUGCACCACCUCCAGAACAGCGAGAAAAUGAAUUAAAUUCAGUAAUGAAAAUUAAACAAUAUGAAAGAACAGAUAAUGAAGAUCAAACAUAUGAAGAAAUGUUUGCUGAAGAUGAAGAUGUUGAGGAAGAAGGAGAUUUAAAUGGUAAAGAUGGGGACGAUCAGAAAGAUAUGUCACCACAAGAUAGUCGAACAAUGCCACCUCAUUCAGCAUUCUUUAUAUUUGCUGAUACGAACAAAUUUCGUAUAUUUUGUCAUAAUGUGGUCUGUUUCUCCCAUUUUGGAAAUAUUGUAUUGGUUUGUAUUUUGGUAAGCAGUAUUUUACUUGCUGCCGAAGAUCCAUUACAUGCAAACUCUCCAAGAAAUCGAAUUCUGAACAUGUUUGAUUACUUUUUCACUAGCGUUUUCACUGUGGAAAUCACUUUGAAAAUGAUUUCUUAUGGAUUUGUACUUCAUGAAGGAGCAUUUUGUCGUAGUGUAUUCAAUUUACUUGAUCUUAUUGUUGUCUGCGUAGCAUUAGUUUCAUUCGUGUUACAGAAUCAAACAAUUUCCGCAGUAAAAAUCUUAAGAGUUCUUCGGGUGCUUCGACCUUUAAGAGCUAUUAAUCGAGCCAAAGGGUUAAAACAUGUUGUCCAGUGUAUGAUUAUUGCCAUUAAAAGUAUUGGUAACAUCGUACUCGUCACAUUCUUAUUAGAAUUCAUGUUUGCAGUUAUUGGUGUACAGUUAUUCAAGGGUAAAUUUUACUCAUGUACAGAUAUAUCAAAACAUGUUGAAGAAGAUUGCAAAGGUCAAUUUAUUGAAUAUAAAGAUAUGAGUUUAGACGAUCCUAUUCUUAGUGAAAGAGAAUGGAAAAAUGCUGAUUUCAAUUUUGAUAAUGUUCCAAAUGCUUUAUUAACUCUAUUUGCUGUUUCUACUUUUGAAGGCUGGCCAAGUUUAUUAUACCGAUCUAUUGAUUCGAACGCAGAAGAUCAUGGACCAAUAACAAAUUAUAGACCAAUAGUCGCAUUUUUCUACAUUACAUUUAUUAUUCUCAUUCCAUUCUUCAUGAUUAAUAUAUUCGUUGGUUUCGUUAUUGUGACAUUUCAAAAAGAGGGUGAAGCAGAAUAUAAAAAUUGUGAAUUAAAUAAAAAUCAACGUAAAUGUAUAGAAUAUGCCUUGAAAGCUAGACCACGUCGACGUUACAUUCCUAAAGGGCAUUUACAGUUUAAGAUUUGGUCUGUAGUUGUAUCAAAAAGGUUUGAAAUAUUAAUCUUCAUAUUCAUAUUUAUAAACACUGUGGCACUGAUGUUGAAAUAUGAUAAACAAGGUAAACUUGAAGCAAGAAUAUUAGAUUCAUUCAAUUAUUUUUUUACUGCUGUAUUUACAGUAGAAUUUAUACUUCGUUUAUCAGCAUUCAGUUUUCGGCAUUAUUUUAGUGAUAUUUGGAAUGUGAUCGAUUUUGUCUUGGUCCUUGGUAGUUAUAUAGAUAUCAUUGUGACACAGUCUGAUAUAAGUCAGGUCAAAUUCAGUGUAAAUUUUUUCCGUCUAUUUCGUGUUAUGAGAUUGAUUAAAUUGUUAAGCAAAGAAGAAUCUAUACGUCAAUUAUUGUGGACAUUUAUCAAAUCUAUACAAGCAUUACCAUAUGUUGCAUUAUUAAUUGCAAUGAUAUUUUUUAUUUAUGCCGUAAUUGGUAUGCAACUAUUUGGACAAAUUUCCAUUGAAGAAAACCCAUUAGAAGAAGAGGAAUGGCCUACUUUACACAGAAAUAAUAAUUUUCAAAAUUUUUUCUAUGCUCUUUUAGUAUUAUUUCGAUGUGCAACUGGUGAAUCAUGGCAGGAUAUAAUGAUGGCAUGUAGAGAAGGUCAAAAGUGUUCAAAAGAUUCUGAUGAAACAGAAGUCAAUGGAUGCGGAUCAAAAUUAGCCUAUGCCUACUUUAUUAGUUUUCAUGCAAUCAGUGCAUUUUUAGUUAUCAAUCUGUUUGUAGCUGUUAUAAUGGAUAACUUUGACUAUCUUACACGUGAUUGGUCAAUUCUCGGACCACAUCAUCUGGAUGAAUUUAUAACAAAAUGGGCAGAUUAUGAUCCAGAAGCAAAAGGAAGGGUUCGACAUCUGGAUGUUGUUACUAUGCUUGGAAAAAUAAGUCCACCACUUGGUUUUGGCAGCAUGUGCCCACAUACCAGAGCAUGUCAUAAACUGGUCAGAAUGAAUAUGCCUCUGAAUAGUGAUGGAACUGUAUUUUUCAACGCUACUCUUUUUGCUUUAGUGCGUAGAAAUCUCAAAAUUAAAAUUCCUGGAGCUGAAAUUGGCGAAAAAGAAAAAUCGUUAGAUCAGUUGAAUGAAGAAUUACGUAUAGUGAUUAAACGUAUCUGGAAACGUACUAGUCCGAAAUUAUUAGAUCAAAUCAUACCACCGAAAGGUAGUGAUGUUGUCACAGUAGGCAAAUUCUAUGCCACAUUUCUUAUUCAAAAUUGGUUUCGUGAAUGGCAGAAACGUAAAAUGAUACAAAAAGAUACACGAUAUAUUCCACAAAUAAUGGCCGGUGACCGUGCAAUGCCACAUCAACCUACAAUAAUUGGAUUUCCCAGGCGUUGUUCUUCAGAUCUCACUGGUGAUGAGAUUCAGCGCAGACGUGGCGUGGAUAAGCGUGAUACGUCAGGUGGAAUUUUUGGCCGAACUUUAAGUGAAUGGACUAGACGUAGAAGUAGUAAACGUCCUUCGGGUCGUCGAGACAUUAAUACUCAGCAAGUUAACGGAAUGUAUGAUAUUGCAGGAAAUAAUUUAAAGAAUGGGAUGGGAAUAUGGAAUGACAUGUUUUUAAAUGCACAAGCAGGUAAAACUGCUCACCCAGCUGUUGUUGCACUUAUGGAAAAAGAGAGAAAAGACGUUGAAGCUAGCAUGCCAUUAAUUAUAUCAUCAUCUAUUCAAAAGAAAUUAAAACAUUCAAAUAGUCAAUCACUUGUACACAAUCAAUCCUAUAAUAAAUCAACAAAUCAUUAUUUACAAUCUAUUCAAAAUACUCAUCAGAAUACAAUGAAUUCAAUAAAUAAUAAUAAAUAUAUUCUAAAAAAGCGAAUUCAUUCAAAUCAUUCCAUAUGUGAUGAUGAUGAUGAUGAUGAUAAACAUAGACCAUUGAAAAAAAUUAUUUUAAAGCCUAAAUAUCAAUUAAUAUCAAAAGAAAUUAAACAAAAUUCUACAAAUCCAAAAUUAUCAUUCUGUCAAUAUUCAAUAAACAAUAAUAAUAAUAAUAAUAAUGUUGAAUUCCAAAUGCAAAAUACCAAUUUUAUUAGUAAUAAUAAUUACAAAAUUAAUUCACAUCCAUCUUAUCAAUGGGAUUCAAGUUUAUUUUGUUCUGGUCAUAUGUUUACACCAGAAAAAUUAGAUUAUUUACUUAGAGCCAAUAGUUUCCUACAAAAUAUGGCAAACAUAAAUCAUGUGAUCGAUGUACAUAAUGAUUCUUCAAAAGCAAAUUAUGAUCCAGAAUCUGGCAAACUGAUUAAUUUGGCCGGUAAUAUGUUAGGAUUUUUAAACUCAGGAAAUUAUCGUUCAUCUGAUUCAACUCAACAUAAAGAUAUGACAACAAGUAAUACGCCAUCAGUUGAAGAUUUGAAUACAGCUCGUAAAAUAUUUGUAGCUGCAAGACGUGAAUCCCUUUUAUCAAAUAAAAAAGAAACAUAUUUCUAGUUACCAUAGAAUACAAUUUCAUAGUUAUGAAUCAUAUUUAUUAUCAAGAAUGAUAUUCAUAUUUCAAUAAAUAUACUGUCUCCAGUUGAUGCAUUUUUUUAGGUUUUACAAAAAAUAAUAACAGUUUAUUGUCUUUCACAGUGUAAUUUAUACACUUCAAUAAUUUCAUUAAAUACAUAUACAUAUACGACAAUUUUCAAUACACAAACUUUAAUUUCAAACAAAAUCAACAAUUAGUUCGUAAUAUAAAAUUAGUGUAUUUAUAAAAAUAAAUAAUUUCAGUCUAUUCAACCUUUUUAUUCAUUGUUUCUUUUCUAUAACGAAUGAUAAAUGAACUAGGCUCAGCCUUACACAUACACAUACUCUUUUUUUCCUACCCUACUCAAUGACUUCACUUCUUCUUCUUCUUCUUCUUCUUACCUGUUUUCAUAUGCAUAUAUAGUCUAAAGUAUUCAUAUUCUUCUAGUUUGUUGAUCAAAAUAAGAAGAAACAAGUAAACACAUUUUAAUUUCAUGUUAUUUGUAUGUAGUUUUAAUUUAUAGUUUAUUUGAUUAUGUUUUAUGCUUAUUUAUUCUUUCACUAUGUACAGUUAUCUUUUGAGUAUUCUUAUAUUACAGAAAAGUAAUUUAUGUAAACCAUCUUAUAUUUGAAGUUAAUCUAAUACUAUUUAUAAAUUUAACUUUAUUCUUCAUUGAUUUUUCAUUAAUUUUGCAAAUAUUAUGGUUAAUUCUUGUUUAUAUAAUAAGUAAGUACAUUCAUUAAAAUUACAUACACAUGAUCCACUUUCUACUUACUUACUUACUUAUAUACUUACCUUGCAGGUUUAUUUUUUUGUAGAAAUAAUCAUUCAUUUUCAUUGUUUUCUUUUUGUCUUCUUUUUAUUCCGUCUAAUAGUUAGUUACUGGUGUGAAUGAAUUAAUCAUUCAUGAAAACAAUGUUGACUGUUUUAUGUGUCAAAUUGAUGAUUGACUAUUUUCUAUGAAUGUCUAUGUAUGUUAUGUAAUUCAUUUUAUUCUCUUUUUCAUAUGUUUUUAGCAAUUAAAUAAACUAUUCAUGUAUGUUAGAAAUAAUUUUAUAUUGUUGAUAAUUACCUUAUACUUUUUCAUCCAUUCAUUUCAGAAAUUAAUAAUAGGGCUAUCAAAGAUUUCUUUCGUUUACUUCUUUAUAGUAAAUCGUCUAAUUCAUAUAACUUUUGAACAGUUCAGAGUUCUGAUUUAUGUCAUUAUUGAACAUUAAAUUGUUUAUCAGUGAUUCUUUGUCAAGUUUAAUUAUAUGAUCUUGAAGUAUUUCAAAUAAAUAUUACAAUACUCAAUAGAUUCGAACAAUUUCAGUGAUCAGAAUUUCUACUAAGACUGAAUUCAAGAAGUAUAAUGAGGUUUAUAAGUACUUAGUGUUGGGGAAAUAAUAUUUCAAGGAAUACAAAAGUGGUG